AUGGCCAAUUCCUCUAUGCUGUGCACGGUGGUUGUUGCGGCGUGCCUCGCCGUCGCCGCCGCUGACUGGUCUCAAGGCACUGCCACUUUCUACGGCGGAAUCGACGCGUCCGGCACGAUGGGUGGCGCGUGCGGGUACGGCAACCUGUACAACGCCGGGUACGGCAUUAACAACGCGGCGCUGAGCCAGACGCUGUUCAACAACGGCGCGUCGUGCGGGCAGUGCUACCUCAUCACGUGCGACUGGUCACGUCCGGGCGGGCAGUGGUGCAAACCGGGCAACUCCAUCACGGUGUCGGCCACCAACCUGUGCCCGCCGAACUACGGGCUCCCCAACGGCGGGUGGUGCGGCCCAGGCCGCCCCCACUUCGACAUGUCGCAGCCGGCGUGGGAGCACAUCGGCGUCGUGCAGGGCGGCAUCAUCCCGGUCCUGUACCAGCAGGUCACGUGCACGCGCCAGGGCGGCGUGCGAUUCAGCAUCGCGGGCUCCCAAUACUUCCUGCUCGUCAACAUCCAGAACGUCGGCGGCAGCGGCGCCGUGGCGGCCGCCUGGGUGAAGGGUGACAAGACCGGGUGGAUCCAGAUGUCCAGAAACUGGGGCGCCAACUGGCAGGCGCUCGCUGGGCUCGUCGGCCAGGGUCUCAGCUUCGCCGUCACCACCACCGGCGGGCAGUACCUUCAGUUCAUGUACGUCGUGCCGGGGUGGUGGCAGUUCGGCAUGACCUUCGGCACCAACAGAAAUUUCGCCUACUAA